AUGAGCAGCGGGGCGACGAUAGCGAGCGGUGGGGCGACGAUAGCGAGCAGCGGGGCGACGAUAGCGAGCAGCGGGGUGACGAUAGCGAGCACCAGGGCGACGAUAGCGAGCACCAGGGCGACGAUAGCGAGCACCAGGGCGACAAUAGCGAGCAGCAGGGCGACGAUAGCGAGCACCAGGGCGACGAUAGCGAGCACCAAGGCGACGAUAGCGAGCACCAGGGCGACGAUAGCGAGCAGCGGAGCGAAGCAUCUCAUCAACUUCGCUUGGCCAGUGCCCUCCCUGUUUUCCUCUCCCUUUCCCCCUGUCCGCCUCUCCCUUUCCCCCUGUCCUCCUCUCCCUUUCCCCCUGUCCUCCUCUCCCUUUCCCCCUGUCCUCCUCUCUAUUUCCCCCUGUCCUUCUCUCCCUUUCCCCCUGUCCUCCUCUCCCUUUCCCCCUGUCCUCCUCUCCCUUUCCCCCUGUCCUCCUCUCCCUUUCCCCCUGUCCUCCUCUCCCUUUCCCCCUGUCCUCCUCUCCCUUUCCCCCUGUCCUUCUCUCCCUUUCCCCCUGUCCUCUCCAUUUCCCCCUGUCCUCCUCUCCAUUUCCCCCUGUCCUUCUCUCCCUUUCCCCCUGUCCUCCUCUCCCUUUCCCCCUGUCCUUCUCUCCCUUUCCCCCUGUCCUCCUCUCCCUUUCCCCCUGUCCUUCUCUCCUUUUCCCCCUGUCCUCCUCUCCAUUUCCCCCUGUCCUCCUCUCCCUUUCCCCCUGUCCUCUCCCUUUCCCCCUGUCCUCCUCUCCAUUUCCCUCUGUCCUCCUCUCCCUUUCCCCCUGUCCUCCUCUCCCUUUCCCCCUGUCCUCCUCUCCCUUUCCCCCUGUCCUCCUCUCCCUUUCCCCCUGUCCUUCUCUCCCUUUCCCCCUGUCCUCUACCUUUCCCCCUGUCCUCCUCUCUAUUUCCCCCUGUCCUCCUCUCCCUUUCCCCCUGUCCUCCUCUCCCUUUCCCCCUGUCCUCCUCUCCAUUUCUCCCUGUCCGCCUCUCCCUUUCCCCCUGUCGUUCUCUCCCUUUCCCCCUGUCCUCUCUCCCUCCCACCCUUCCUCCCCCUCUCUCACAUCCCUUCCUUUCCUACUGUCCUCUCCCACCAUUCACGCUUCUCUCAGCCAUCCCUUUCCCCCCUCCCCUGUCCCUCGCUUUCCCCCACUACCGUCCCUUCCCUUUCCACUACGUUCUCUCGUCCAGCCCAGCCGACAGUACCAGCUUUGCUUGGCCACUGA